AUGAAGAGAACUCACCAGCCAAUCGAUACAUUGGCGAUAACCGAGUCACUAGGUUUGCAGACGUUCAGAAAAGAUGGGCGUAGAGCGUGGACGAAGCAAGAAGACGCCAAGUUGGUGCAACGUUUGCACGAGCUUUACCCAGAAGAGACUUCACAAAAAAAGCUAGAUGCCAAACACGUUAAGUGGGAAUUGGUUGCUGAAGCAUUCUCCGACAAAUCACGUAAAGCCAAGGACUGUCGAAAACGAUGGGUUUCAUCUCUAGAUCCAAACCUCCGACGGGGAAAAUGGUCAGCAGAAGAAGAUCAACAGCUUUUAAAAAGUUACAAGAAACAUGGCCCGCUGUGGCAGCAAAUUUCCAUGGAAGUCGAAGGCAGAACAGAACACCAGUGUCUGAAAAGAUACCUUGAAGUGCUCGAUCCUGCUUUACGCAAUCGUCUCAAACGCUGGACGCUCGAGGAGGACUUAUUGCUCAUUGAAAAGGUUAAGGAACACGGCACAAAAUGGAGGACAAUUGCAAGCGCAUUUGACGCGAGGCCAUCUCUUACGUGUCGAAAUAGGUGGAGGAAUCUUUUGACGUCUGUUGCUAGAGGAAGAGCUGAUGGUGCUGUCAUGGAAGCAAUGGAGCUGGUGACAGGCGGCAAUAUUUCUGAAAAAUUCACAGUAAAGGAAGAAAGUCCAGAGGAUGAGCUGAAGUUUGGAAUAGGCAGCGCUGAUCAGCCAGGGCCUCUACACUCUUUAAACUCAGAACAGGGUAUUGAAACCAAGGACAUAUCAUUACAAGCACUGCAACCUGACAAGGAAGUCGAAUGGCGGUAUGCCAUUGUCAGUCGCGACGAAACUAAUGAUAACGGCGGACCACUUGAACAGCUCCUUAAAAACGGAGGACAGAUCAAGACUCAGGAGUUGGCUCAGUAUCUCAUCCAAUACGCAUCUGUAUACAAUAUGAAGGUGACAGUGCAUCAGCAUAUCCAUCACCAUUAUGGGCUGUCAUACGUCAACUCGCAGCAUUCGAGAGAUGAGGAACUACCGCAAGUCCCUCCUACCCCUGCAGUUCAUGAUUCUCGAAGAGAUGGUGUUCGUGCGUUUGAUCGUUUUCCCAGCUUGGAGCCAGAGACCCAGCUUCAGCGACUUCAGCAUUUCAAUUACCUCCCGCCUCUAACGGAAGUGCCAAAACUAAAUUCUUCAGCCUCUUCCCCUUCGUCAAGCAAAGAUGGUAACACUCAUCAUCAUCAUCACCACCAUCACCAUCAUAUUCACGACUCAAAAGAUGGCAUCCUGAACAAUCAUCAUAUCCUGAACAAUCAUCAUACCAUGAACAAUCACCAUACCCUGAACAAUCAUAGGCGAGAGGUCAACAACGGGCUCGUUUCCCUCGCAGAUGAAGCACAAGCAAAGGAGUCUGAUCUCCUCAAGCUACUUGGCCGCGCUGAUAGCCGGGCUAAUGGCGUGAGAUCAAGCAAUGGUAGUCAUAACGGGAGACAUCAAAUGAAUGGAAGCAAAUCCAAUUUGCUUUCGCCGCUGGCACAUGACAUGCAAUUAAUCUCAGAUGCUGCCGAGGCUGACAAAAUAAUCAAGAAGCGGUCACUUGAGAACUUCGACGGUCAAAGGAAGAAGAUGAAUUACGAUAUCCCUGAGGAAGAAGGAGAUGAGGGCCUCGAUUUCUUUGAAACCAUGCGCAAUCUUAGUGCACCUUACGAACCUACAAGAGGUCAUCACGAGCGCAGGUCGCUGAAUGAACAUGGACGUAAGCGCAGAGGCUCAGGAAGUAGGAACGGCAGCUUCAGUGGAAGCCGAAAUGACAAUCAGCCCGUAUCUCAACAUCACCCACUUCACUACUCGCAAAGCUCGCUCACUCCAGCACCUGAGCCAGUUCCUGUUGAGGAGGAAGAAGAGGACCUUCUUGAUGUAUAUGGGCUUUUUUACAACUCGCAUCCGAAAGAAUCUUCAGUUGAAGCCGCGAACCAAGUGGCCACUCAACCGCUGACAGGCCUAAUUGAGUUGACGAACCCCUUUGCAUUUCCAUUCAAUCCUUCAUAA